ACAGAAACAAAAAUGUCUUCAAUUUCUUUCAACGCUACGACCUCCAAAUACCAUGUCACCUUCGGCGGAACUACCAUCGAGACCACCGUCACCGACCAGGCCGCCACCGCCUCCGCUUGGGUCCAAGAGAUCAACGCUCUCUACGGCGGCAGCCCCACCGUGGUCGGCCUCGAUGUUGAGUGGCGGCCCCACCACGUUCCCUACAUGAGCAACAAGUCGGCCACCCUACAACUAUGCAUAAACAACAAAUGCCUAAUACUGCAGCUCUUCUACAUGGACCAAAUCCCCCAAUCAAUCAAAGACUUUCUCCUCAACCCUAAUUUCACCUUCGUCGGGGUUGAAGUGGAAGACGACAUCGCCAAGCUGAGGAACGAAUACGGGCUGGACUGCAGCGGGAAAAUGGACGUUCGGGCAGCGGCUAAGGCCCGGUGGCCGUAUCGGUUUAGUCGGCCUGGAUUGAAGGAUCUUGCGCGUGUGAUUUGUGGGCUCUACAUGGCGAAGCCGUUGCACGUGUGCAGGAGCAAUUGGGAUGCGAGAGUGUUGAGUGAAGCUCAAGUUGAGUAUGCAUGCAUUGAUGCUUUUGCUUCUUACAAGCUUGGCCAUAAGCUGCGCUUUGAGCUUUAAUUCAAUGUUUUCAUUUUAUUGUGUUUUUCUAUUCCAAUUUAGCAGCUGGCUUAUGUUGUGAUCACCUUAUUAAACAAUGGGAAUUUAUAAUAAGAAUGCUAUGCUGCCUAUUUUAUUUAAAAUGUUUCCCGAA